AUGCUGAGACCACUCAAGGCCAACAGACAAGCCCGCAAAGAAAACCAGGAAUACUCAGCCAGCAGCAGCAGACCACAGAAGAAAUACAGGAGAUCAAACCACACAAUUACUCCCACCGACCCUGUCAUCUCACUCAUCUUCAACAACCAACCCACAACCACUGCAGCACGCCCACAGGAACACCUCCAGGUCACAGAACUGGAAACACAGGUCAAGAUUGACAAACUCAUCCUUGCAUAUAAAAACAUCCUUGAUGCAACCACCAACAACCAGCAGCUUGACAAGCUCUCCAAGAUCUGCGCACACAUCAUCAGCCAAUUUGUUGAGUGCGCCAUCAAACUUGACUCAGGCAGUCUGGUGGACAGCAAGCAGCCGCCUAAAGGUACUCCACCCCGCUUGAGCUCCUCCAGAGAAACAAGAAAGAAGCUGACUACACAUUCCCCCAGAUAUGCGCUGGCCCAACACGCCCUUCCCAUCAUAUUGCGCGCUUUCCCACUCAACCAGAAGCCCCACCCAAAGCGGCCUGGCCUGAGCCAUCCGCAGAAAAUCAUCCAGGUGUUGCACGGCCUGCAACGGACCUACUCCUGCCCAGCCAUCCAGGCCAAGGCGCUGCUCAUCCUGCCCACCCGCAACUGGUCCAAGAUCUAA